AUGUCUUCUACAGAUUGCUUUGAUUUAAAUAAAACCGAGUUGUUUGCUAAAAUACGUAAUGGCUUGGCAAUCGCUUCGCAUACACAAAAUUUGUUGGUGUGCAAAGAUGAUUUACUGUUUGCAUGGGACAGCCACGAUUGCUGUCUGCUUGUGAUGAAUUGGCGUACUCCGGCUUUGUUGGAUAAAAGUUGUUGUGCCAAAACUGCUUACCAAACGUUGAUACCUUCCACGACAAUCUGUUUUGAGGUGGAUCGCUUGGAAGCGUCCAAUGAGGGCUCUCAAAUUGCAAUUAGCGGCAGACGCGGCGUGGUAAUCUUGGAGCUGCCGCGCCGAUGGGGACCAGAUGGCAAUUUUAUGGACGGGAAAUCAAAAAUAACGUGCCGCUCAUAUAACCUGGAUACGCAGCUGUUUACAAAUAACUCAAAUCUGGAAGUGCGCCAACUUCGGUGGCAUCCCGAGUCAGCCACCGACUCGCAUUUACUUAUUUUGCUUACCAACAACACCAUUCGGGUGUACAAUCACGCCAAACUACGUCAUGUUUGGCAGGUUGGACCCACUAUUGGAAAAACCAGUGGUAAUACUUCAAUAUCGGAUUUUGGCGAAACAGCGGUGGACUUCGAUAUAGCGCCAGCAAUUAAAAAUCGUGGCGCCGAGGAAUUAGUUGGUAAUGAGACGAUAAUUGGGAAAAGUGCCACGCGUAGUCAAAUGAAAUCAAUGCCGCUUAAUAAAAGCACACAGAAUACAAAGCACGACAAGAUAGAAUGGCCCAUCGUCAUACUACGUGAAAAUGGGAAUAUAUAUAUUCUACUUGCUGGAAUUAAUUCGGAUGUACCCAGAUUGCAAGGCCCCAUUACAAUUUCUCCACAAACCAACGAUAAUUAUGGGUUGGAAUCAUGUUCCAUUCUGGUUAUAGCGUCACUGCCACCAACUGUAGUCAUUGCUGAGUCCAAUGGCAAGCUGCACCAUGCACUCCUUCUCGAGGCAGAGACUAAAGAGCAUUCUUUUAAUGAAGUGGAUGAGCUAAUACCGGUGGAGGCAUCUGAAUGGACAAUAAAUGUGAUGGAGACCGUUGAGCUGGAGCUGGGCCUACCUAAAGAAUCUUCACAAAAUUAUAGUUGCUCUAUGCAUUUAAGACGGGAUCUUAUCAACGAAAUGCGCUACUUUAUUUAUCAUGACGCCGGAAUGCAUGUCGUCACCGUGAACUUCAUUGCUGAGCUGGAGCGUUUUGUGGAUAGCGAGAUCGAGAACGACGUUUUCACUCUGUCUACGCCAUCCCGGGCGGAAUACAUACUCUGCACAAAGCUCGAUGCCAUGGAUCGUAAUGUUGUGCUUGGCAUAGCACUGCUUCAGAUGCCCUCUGGCGUGGUGGUGCUACUUGGCAGUGGACAGGUUGUUAGUCUAAAGUUGGUGAUUGAUAUCAAGUUACUUGUCACGGCCAAUCAGCUGUCAAAUAAAGCGGUGGGCAACACUCCUAUGGUGGAUGAAAACAGUGCUGGGCCAUCAUUCAUGGAAUCAAUAAAUGCGAUUUUAGAGCGAAGCGUGAAUCAGCCCAUUCUGUCGACGGAUAAACAGGUUUCGCUAUCGCCACACGAUCGCUACGAAUUGUUAAACCAAGCAAUUGAAGUCCUGCGUUCUCAAUAUCUUAAACGGCACGAAAUGGUUCGUAUUGCGUUCGCCAAGCGCAUAAAUCGCAUACGUCUACAAAAGGAGCAGCAACUUCAUGAGAUUCAGAAUUUGGAGCGCGAACGUGAAGUGAUUAGUGAGCGCGCCCACAAGUUAGCUGAACGCUUUGAGGAGAUCACUGAUAAUCAGGAUAUAUUGGGGCGCAAGUGUCAUCUGCUUGUACAGAAGGCCAAUGCUGCGCUACCAAAUAAUGUCGUAGCCGAGCGUGAGUUUGCUCAGGAUAUAGCAACCAUAAAUAAAGCAACCAAAAGCAUGGCUGCCGCUCUGGAAGCAGCCAAAAAAAAUAUGAACAAACAGCGAUAUCUUAUUUCGAAAAACCAAAAUGAGUCAAAGGCAAAUGUAUACGAACUGCCGGAAAAACAGCACCACACCAUUACGGAGAUCCUUACCCAACUGACCAGUGAGAUUGACCGCCAAAUCCACGAUGUUAAGCGCAUAAAAAAAAUUGUAGGCAUUUGAACAGAGUUUACCUAACAAUGUAUUUUUUCUUUAUAAUUUUUCUCUGUUUUUGCAACUGAUAUAGCUGUAAAUACUUAGCAUUAAACUUAAAAAUGUAUCCAAAAAGCAAUUUUAAUUGGCGUAAUAAACGUUUCCUGAUGAUUGUCUA